CAACACCGAGAGCCAACCAGGCAACGCGCCGCAUCAGCUCAGCUCUCAUGUCCGCCGCGGCGGCGCACCCGCCAUCGCCAUGGCCGCCGCCGCCACCUCCGCCGGCGCCGACUGGACCCGACUCCCUCACCUCCCUUCUCGGCUCCCUCUCCACCCCCUCCGCCGCGCGCCUCCUCCCCUGCCCCGUCCUCGCCUUCUCCCAGCUCCGCCGCCUCCUCCCCUCUCCCCACCUCCUCCUCCGCCCCAUCAUCUCCCUCCUCCACCUCCACGGCUCCAGCCCCCGGCUGGGCUUGCAGCUGCACGCGCUGUCCCUCUCCCUCGGCCUCUCCCGGGACCCGCUCCUCCUCCGCCGCCUCGUCUCGCUCUACUGCUCCCACCCCUCCCUGCUGCCGGACGCCGCCUCCCUCGCCGCCGGCUCCGCCUGCCCCGUCCCCUACAACAUCCUCAUGUCCUCGUGCCUCGCCCACGGCCUCCCGCGCCAGGCCCUCGCCGCCUACCAGCAGAUGCUCGGCAGCGCCGCGGUCACCCCCGACGCCUUCACCUACCCUUCCGUCCUCCGCGCCUGCGCCGAGGCCCGGGACCUCGCGAUGGGCCGGGCGGUGCACACGCACGCCGCGGCCGCCGGGAUGGACGGGCACCUGUUCUUCCAGAACGCGCUGGUGUCCAUGUACGCCAAGUGCGGGGACCUGGUUGCUGCGCGAAGGGUGUUCGACGGAAUGGGGCACAAGGAUGUCGUGUCAUGGAACUCGAUGAUCUCGGCGUAUGCUACGGCCGGGCAAUGGGAAGAGGCGGUGGAGCUGUUUCAGAAGAUGCGAGACGAGGAGGCAGAGGUGAACUCGGUCACGUGGAACACGAUCGCUGGGGUGUACAUUAAGAUGCGCGACCAUAAGGCAGCGGUUGCGCUGAUCAGGGAGAUGGUAAGGGGUGGAGCAGAGGUGGAUUUCGUGACAGUGGUGAUUGGGCUGAACGCGUGCUCGCGGGUUGGCUGGCUGAGGCUCGGGAAGGAGAUCCAUGGAUUGGCAGUACGCAUGUGCUGUGACGGGGAACAGAGUGUCAGCAAUGCCUUGAUCACCAUGUAUGCCAGGUGCAAGGAUAUGGAUUGCGCUCACAGGCUGUUUACAAUGCUGGGGUGCCGCCCUGGUGUGGUGACAUGGAAUACGAUGAUAGCUAGUUUUGCAUUGUCAGAUGGGGCAGAAGAGGCUUCCAGAUUUCUUCGUGAAAUGGUAUCUACUGGCGUACAGCCUAAUUAUGUCACUGUUGUCACCUAUCUUGCCCUCUGCGCCCGUGUUGCAAAUCUGCAACAUGGGCGGGAGCUUCACACCCACAUUGUUAAGCAUGGGUUUAAAGGAUAUCGAUUGCUGUGGAACUCUCUUAUUGACAUGUACUCCAAGUCAGGCAGGCUCUCUGUAGCGCAAAAUGUCUUUGAUACCAUGGAGGACCGUGAUAUGAUAUCCUACACUUCAAUGAUAGCAGGAUACGGGAUGCAAGGGAAAGGAUCAGUUGCGCUAAGGCUUUUCGACCAGAUGAUUGAUAGUGGGAUUGAGCCAGACAGCAUUAUCAUGGUCACCGUCCUCUCUGCUUGCAGCCACUCUGGACUUGUGACUCAAGGAGAAGAGCUUUUUGACAAGAUGACCAGUUCAUAUGGUAUAAAGCCCCAGACAGAGCAUUAUACUUGCAUGGUUGAUCUAUAUGCGCGUGCUGGCCUAUUAGAAAAGGCAGAAGGGAUGCUCAAUCGGAGCUCUUUCAUUCCAACCCCCGCGAUGUGGGCAGCGUUAGUUGGGGCUUGUCAUGACAGGGGUAACAUAAUAAUUGGUGAAAGGGCAGCAAGGAGACUCUUGGAGAUGAGGACAGAGAAUGCUGGUCACUAUGUUCUAAUUGCCAACAUGUAUGCAGCUGCAGGUUGUUGGGAUGAGCUAGCAGAAGUCAGGAAGCUGAUGCGAGACUCAGGUGUCAUGAAAGCACCUGGGUUGGCAUGGGCUGAUCUCGGUAAUGGGUUUACCCCUUUUUUGGUUGGAGAUAGGUCAAACCCUCUAGCACCAGAGAUCUAUGAAGUUUUGGAUGAACUAUCGGAGCAAAUGAAGGAUAUAAAUAGCUGCAGUGAUCUAGAAAUGGUAGAGGGACUCAUAGAGUAAACCAGGCAAUGGUAGGUCUUGAUUCCUUGUAAAAUAGAGUUAAUUAAUUAACUCUAGUGGUAUUUCACAUUGAAGCAUGGAGGUGAUAACAUGAAGAAACACUGAAGCAACAGAUACAUCUACAGAUAAUCUUGGGGAGAAAGGCACUACAAGAGGUCUCCUCAAUGUUUGCUGAACAAGACAUGUUCCUAACUGAUAUGUCUUCUCUACAUUGGCCUUUACAAAGCAGUGUGCUUAUGUCCAAUGCUCACCUGAGUGUUACUUCCUCUCGACAAGCGCUGCUUGUUAGGUAUUGUUCUCGCAGCACUCGUGAUUUUGCAUCCAUGGCCUCAUUGUCACAGUGAAUACUUUCAGGCAAGUCUGGCUGCUCCAGGCUUCUGUUCCCAAAAAAGAAGAGGCUUUCCAAAGAUGGUACUAAUGAAUUUCAGUUUGAAACA